AGGAGCGUUUAGAUGAGACAGCCUGAACGUAGGUGAGAGGUAAAGCACGGAGCGGUUUGAGAGUGCAGCUCCUUGGAGAGACGGCGUUGGUUUUGUCCAGCUUUAUACCUGCUUUUUGGAAAAGGAUUUGUCAACCUCCUCACUCCAUCAUACUGAAAGUUCGGUUAAAUUCCUUAUGUCUUCCCCUGAAAUUGCCUCCCUCUCAUGGGGGCAAAUGAAAGUACAAGGCUCUACUAAAAUCUAUAAGGACUGCAAAGUGUGGCCAGGAGGAAGUCGGGCUUGGGAUUGGAGAGAAACAGGAACUGAGCAUUCUCCUGGUGUGCAGCCUGCAGAUGUGGAGGAAGUGGUUGAGAAAGGCGUGCAGAUCCUUGUGAUUGGCCGAGGGAUGAGUGAGGCCUUGAAGGUACCCGUAUCCACUGUAGAGUACCUCAAGAAAAAAGGCAUUGAUGUUCGGGUCCUCCAGACAGAGCAGGCUGUGAAGGAGUAUAAUGCCUUGGUUACCCAAGGCCUCAGGGUGGGAGGGGUCUUCCAUUCCACCUGCUGAUGGAGUCUUAAGAGAAUAAAUUACUAAGCAAUCGUG